AUGACAUUUGCCGGUACACAUAACCUCCAGCUUUUUCAACGCGCUUUGUGUUUGACGCAGAAACAUGCUGUAGUGAGGAUAUAUGCUGAAGACAUAUCACAAGGUUGCGUUCUGAAUCCUCAAGAGCGUCUAGGAUGGGAUCGAAUUUUGUUCCAGUACUAG